AUGUCCAACGAAACUACCACCUUUAUCGAGGAUUUAUCAUCCAAGAUAUCUCAAAUCAACCAAAAAAAGAUAAGUUAAUACAGUAUCCACAAAUUGGGUCAGAUAAGACUCGAUUUAGGGGCUUUAUCCCAUACAAAUUCUUAUAAUAACUGUGAUUCACUACCAAAUAUCCAGAGAAAAGAUAUUGGUUCAUCAUAGAAUAAUAAAUAAAACUCAAUAAGUGCUUCAUCAUUCAACUUAAAGAAAAGACUUAGGCUUGAGUCAUUUGACGAGGAGUCACUGCAAUUAACUAAACAUUAUGAGCCUUAAAUUAAGUAGAUAUGUAUAAGACCCAAAGAAAUCACAAAUUUUCUAAGAGUGGUGAAUAUAAGGUCAAAUUUAGAUGAUUAAGAUAAUGAUAACCAAAUUAAUAAUUCAAAAGUAGAGAAAUAAUUCUAGAGGUCCUACUAAUAAAACAAUUUGCAGUCCAUUGAUACAGGUAUUGAAAAUAAAAAUAAUAUUGCAUCAUUACUAAAUAAAGGGUUAUCACCUCAAUCUAAUUAUGCAUUGAAAGAUAAUUCGGGUGAAUAAGCAUCUAAAGAAAACUAAAAUAUGGAGUAAGAUUAGCAGUAAGGUGAGGAAUGGAAUUAUGAGAUAAUUCAUAUUUCUUUUUCCGCACAAAAUGUAAAAAGUCAACUUUAAUUAUAAACCUAGUCAGAAUUUGAGUAUGAUUUAUUCGUAAGAGAAUGA